CACUUAUCACAAGGUAAAAGCCAUUGGAAACAGGUGAGCUCGAGCAAAACGGAUCUCUACGAGGUCAGUGAAGAUGUUCCAGAUGAAGAUGCUGGAAUGGGCCAUAGUGCUACUGGGCCUACAGUCUGCAUAUGCAGGAUAUAAGAAAGAUGUUGGGGACACAAGCUCAAAAGAAUCAAGCUCAAAAGAAUCAAGCUCAGAAGAAGAUUUUUUGCCAACAACGGUCUUCCCCACUCUGCCAAAUCUGGUGACAAUAUCAGAACCUAAUCCGGAUCAUCAAACCACUCUCUGUAGCACAUGGGGAAAUUUUCACUUCAGGACCUUUGAUGGUCAUUUCUUUCAAAUGGCUGACACAUGUAACCACAUUCUGGCUGUGAUGUGUGACACACAUGUCUCAGAUUUUAACAUCCAAAUGCAAAGAAUGAUUGUGAAUGGCUCGGUUACUUUCACCUCAGUCAAAUUAGAGCUGGAGGGGACGUCCAUCAAAUUUAGUCAAGGCAACAUCUACAUGGACGACAAAGUGGUAUCUAUUCCCAUGAGUCAGAAUGGAAUUAAAAUCGAGGGAAGCCCUGCGAGUGUUAAGGUCUCCAAAUAUGGAGUGACUGUUAUUUGGGAGGAAGAAGAUCACUCUAUGGUGAUUGAACUUGCUGAGAAGUACAGAGGUCGGACGUGUGGACUCUGUGGAAACUUCAAUGGCGACAAUUCUGAUGACGUGAUUUUAAAAGAUCCAGAGACAUGGAAGGUCUCCAUACCAGCUGAACCCUGUGAAGAAAUCCCACUUCCCCCCAGUGAUCAGUGUGAAAACCAGGUUGGCAUUUGUAAGCAGUAUCUGAAGAGUUCAGGAUUUGAUGAUUGUCGCCGUCUGAUGGAUCUGAGUUCAUUUGAGAAAGUUUGCGCAGAUGACCUGUGUCAAUGUCCUGGAAACCAGGACUGUGUCUGCAACACGCUUACAGAAAUAUCACGACAGUGCACGCAUGCUGGUGGCAAGCCGGGAAAGUGGAGAACAGAUCAACACUGUCCAAAGACAUGUCCACUAAACAUGGUAUACAUGGAGUGUGCUGGCCCAUGCAAAAACACCUGCUCGGCCCCAAAUGGAACCCUGCUGUGUACAGAUCACUGUGUAGAUGGCUGUUUCUGCCCUGAGGGCACUGUGGAAGACAACAUUGGAAACAGUGGUUGCGUUCCUUUAAACAAAUGCCCAUGUAUGCACGACGGCAAAAUAUACCAGACUGGAGAGUCAUACGAGCAAGCGUGUAAAAAAUGCGAGUGUGCUGCUGGAUACUGGAGUUGCACGGAUCUGGAAUGUCCUGGAAUCUGUUCUGUUAUGGGAGGCUCUCACAUCACCACCUAUGAUAGAAAAACCUUCAGCUUUAAUGGCAAUUGUGACUACAUCCUCACUAAGCACUCUAAUGACAGCAGUUUCGCUGUUGUUGGAAAUCUGGACAAGUGUGAUCCGAGCCGAACUGACAUGUGUUUGAAUUCUGUUACUCUGAUCAUGUCAAAGACCAUAGUGACCACUGUAAUUUUUUCAUCCAGUGGGACUGUCACGCUAAAUGGAAUCAGUCCAGAUAUGUUUCCAAUAAUCACAGAGGAAGUGGUCAUCAUCCAGCCCUCAUCAUCCUUCAUUAUCGCUGAAAUAAAGAAUUUUCGUCUAGAAAUCCAACUGUCUCCAAUCAUGCAGUUGUAUAUUAAAGCCAGCAACUCAGAGAAAGGCAAAAUGAGUGGUCUGUGUGGGAACUAUAACGGUGUCCAGAAAGAUGACUUCAAAACAGAUUCAGGCAUUAUAGAGGGAACACCAACAUCCUUUGUCAACUUUUGGAAAAAGAACCCAUACAGUUGUCCAGAUGUUGAAAACACAUUUGACAACCCCUGCAGUCUAAGAGUGGAAACAGAAAAACUUGCAAAAGACUGGUGUUCCCGUCUGACGGAUCCAAAUGGAACCUUCUCCUCAUGUCAUUCAGAAAUAUUUCCUGACAUUUACUAUCAAAACUGCGUUUAUGACACCUGUAAGUGUGCUGAUAUUGAGAAGUGUAUGUGUGCUUCCCUCUCCGCCUAUGCCCAUGCAUGUGCCGAAAGAGGGAUCAUUCUCCACGGAUGGCUGGAUUCAUACCCCUGUGACAAAGUGUCCGAGUGUUCAGAAAAUAUGGAGUACUCCUACAAUGUGACCAGUUGUAGAAAAACCUGUCGUUCUAACUCUAAGACCGACUACAUCUGCAAAGUGUCUACACCUGUGGAUGGCUGUGUUUGUUCAAAGGGGGCUUAUCUAAACGAUGCAGGCCAGUGUGUGAAUGCUGACCAGUGUCCUUGUUACUAUAACAACCUGGUCAUAGAGCCAUCAGGAUCAGUAAACGUAGAUGGAGCCAACUGCACCUGCACUCACGGCAAAAUACACUGCAACAGUCCGGAAGACUGUGUGGCUCCAAUGGUCUACGUCAAAUGUUCGAUGAGUGAACAUGGAAAAACAGGAGCAGAGUGUCAAAGGACAUGCCAGAACCAAGACCCACAUAACUGCGUCAGCACAGGAUGUGUAUCAGGAUGUAUGUGCCCAGAUCAUCUGCUAGCUGAUGGUCAAGGUGGCUGUGUGGAGAAGGAAAACUGUCCUUGUUUUCACAAUGGAUUAACUUAUUCACCUGGGGAUGAGAUUCAAGACGAUUGCAACACCUGCAAAUGCAAAAAAGGGAUGUGGAGUUGUACUGGUAAAGAUUGUUACGGCACCUGUACCAUCUAUGGUGAAGGACAUUAUAAGACUUUUGAUGGAAGAAAAUAUUUUUACCACGGAGGCUGUGAAUACAUCUUAGCACAAGAUUACUGCAACAUGGGAGAGAGUCAAUACUCAUUACGCAUUGUUACAGAGAACAUUCCCUGUGGCUCCACCGACUCUAUUUGCUCCAAAUCUGUAAAUCUUUUCUUUGGGAAAUACAAGGUGGUUUUAUCUGAAGUGGAUGGAGUAAAAGUUAUUGAAACCAAUGGAACCGACUACCAAUAUCAAAUCAAUUCUGUGGGGAUUUACACUGUAAUUGAGAUCAAAAAGCUUUUAAACGUAAUUUGGGAUGGCAAAACAACCCUGAUGCUCCAACUCCAUCCCAGCUUAAAGGGCAAAGUGUGUGGACUGUGUGGAAACUUUGACGGUAAUGCAAAUAACGACUUUGUAAAGCAUGAUGGAGAAGAGGUCACUGAUGCGGUGGUGUUUGGAAGUAGCUGGAAAGUGAAACCAAGCUGCCCAGAAGUGGACAGUUUGAUAGACCCUUGUGAGAAAAACCCUCACCGGAGUGUCUGGGCUAUCAAACAAUGCAGCAUCAUUACAAGCAAUGUCUUUAAAGACUGCCAUGCACAUGUGGACUCUGCCCCAUACUAUGAUGCCUGUGUGAGGGACACCUGUGCAUGUGAUUCUGGGGGAGACUGUGAUUGUUUCUGUACAGCAGUGGCUGCGUAUGCGGCUGAAUGUCGAAAGAAAGAGGCUUGCAUUGCAUGGCGUACUCCACAUAUUUGUCCUUUAUUCUGUGACUACUACAAUGACCCAGUGGGAGACUGUGAGUGGCACUACAGAACCUGUGGUUCGGCCUGCAUGAAAACAUGCAAAAACCCAGAAGGGACCUGUUCCAAUCAAAUUCCUCUCCUAGAAGGGUGUUUUCCUCAGUGCCCUUCUGACAGGCCAUUUUUAAAGGAAGAAACCCAAAAAUGCGUCACAGAGAUAGAGUGUCAUACGUGUGUAUAUGAUGGGAAGGAGUUUACGAUUGGAGAAGAAGUGUACCACACCACAGAUGGACACGGCAUGUGUUUCAAAGCUGUGUGUGGAUCAAAUGCAACAAUAAUUAGAUAUAUGGAAACUUGCACCACAACAGCUAAACCAUUUACUUUCCAAAGUCAAAAAACAACAACACAACCAACAACAGCUACACAAACCACGGGUGUGUCCACAACUGCAGGACCAUCAACAACACAACCAACAACAGCUACACAAACCACGGGUGUGUCCACAACUGCAGGACCAUCAACAGGAACAGCACAAUCAACAACACCAUCAACAGGAACAGCACAAUCAACAACACAACCAAUAAAAGAGGAAACAACACAAAUAUCAACAGCUACUCAUGCCACUGGUGUGUCCACAACUGCAGGACCAUCAACAACACAACCAACAACAGCUACACAAACCACUGGUGUGUCCACCACUGCAGGACCAUCAACAGGAACAGCACAAACAACAACACCAUCAACAGGAACAGCACAAUCAACAACACAACCAAUUAAAGAGGAAACAACACAAGUAUCAACAGCCACUCAUGCCACUGGUGUGUACACAACUACAGGAGCAUCAACAACACAACCAACAACAGCUACACAUACCACGGGUGUGUCCACAACUGCAGGACCAUCAACAGGAACAGCACAAUCAACAACACCAUCAACAGGAACAGCACAAUCAACAACACAACCAAUAAAAGAGGAAACAACACAAGUAUCAACAGCUACUCAUGCCACUGGGGUGUCCACAACUGCAGGACCAUCAACAACACAACCAACAACAGCUACACAAACAACUGGUGUGUCCACAACUGCAGGACCAUCAACAGGAACAGCACAUUCAACAACACAACCAAUAAAAGAGGAAACAACACAAGUAUCAACAGCUACUCAUGCCACUGGUGUGUCCACAACUGCAGGACCAUCAACAACACAACCUACAACAGCUACACAUACCACGGGUGUGUCCACAACUGCAGGACCAUCAACAGGAACAGCACAAUCAACAACACCAUCAACAGGAACAGCACAAUCAACAACACAACCAAUAAAAGAGGAAACAACACAAGUAUCAACAGCUACUCAUGCCACUGGUGUGUCCACAACUAUAGGAGCAUCAACAACACAACCAACAACAGCUACACAUACCACGGGUGUGUCCACAACUGCAGGACCAUCAACAGGAACAGCACAAUCAACAACACCAUCAACAGGAACAGCACAAUCAACAACACAACCAAUAAAAGAGGAAACAACACAAAUAUCAACAGCUACUCAUGCCACUGGUGUGUCCACAACUGCAGGACCAUCAACAACAAAACCAACAACAGCUACACAAACCACUGGUGUGUCCACAACUGCAGGACCAUCAACAGGAACGGCACAAUCAACAACACAACCAAUAAAAGAGGAAACAACACAAGUAUCAACAGCUACUCAUGCCACUGGUGUGUCCACAACUGCAGGACCAUCAACAACAAAACCAACAACAGCUACACAAACCACUGGUGUGUCCACAACUGCAGGACCAUCAACAACACAACCUACAACAGCUACACAAACAACUGGUGUGUCCACAACUGCAGGACCAUCAACAGGAACAGCACAAUCAACAACACCAUCAACAGGAACAGCACAAUCAACAACACAACCAAUUAAAGAGGAAACAACACAAGUAUCAACAGCUACUCAUGCCACUGGUGUGUCCACAACUGCAGGACCAUCAACAACAAAACCAACAACAGCUACACAAACCACUGGUGUGUCCACAACUGCAGGACCAUCAACAGGAACGGCACAAUCAACAACACAACCAAUAAAAGAGGAAACAACACAAGUAUCAACAACUACUCAUGCCACUGGUGUGUCCACAACUGCAGGACCAUCAACAACAAAACCAACAACAGCUACACAAACCACUGGUGUGUCCACAACUGCAGGACCAUCAACAGGAACAGCACAAUCAACAACACAACCAAUAAAAGAGGAAACAACACAAGUAUCAACAGCUACUCAUGCCACUGGUGUGUCCACAACUGCAGGACCAUCAACAACACAACCUACAACAGCUACACAAACAACUGGUGUGUCCACAACUGCAGGAACAUCAACAGGAACAGCACAUUCAACAACACAACCAAUAAAAGAGGAAACAACACAAGUAUCAACAGCUACUCAUGCCACUGGUGUGUCCACAACUGCAGGACCAUCAACAACACAACCUACAACAGCUACACAUACCACGGGUGUGUCCACAACUGCAGGACCAUCAACAGGAACAGCACAAUCAACAACACCAUCAACAGGAACAGCACAAUCAACAACACAACCAAUAAAAGAGGAAACAACACAAGUAUCAACAGCUACUCAUGCCACUGGUGUGUCCACAACUACAGGAGCAUCAACAACACAACCUACAACAGCUACACAUACCACGGGUGUGUCCACAACUGCAGGACCAUCAACAGGAACAGCACAAUCAACAACACCAUCAACAGGAACAGCACAAUCAACAACACAACCAAUAAAAGAGGAAACAACACAAGUAUCAACAGCUACACAUACCACGGGUGUGUCCAAAACUGCAGGACCAUCAACAGGAACAGCACAAUCAACAACACCAUCAACAGGAACAGCACAAUCAACAACACAACCAAUAAAAGAGGAAACAACACAAGUAUCAACAGCUACUCAUGCCACUGGUGUGUCCACAACUACAGGACCAUCAACAACACAACCUACAACAGCUACACAUACCACGGGUGUGUCCACAACUGCAGGACCAUCAACAGGAACAGCACAAUCAACAACACCAUCAACAGGAACAGCACAAUCAACAACACAACCAAUAAAAGAAGAAACAACACAAGUAUCAACAGCUACUCAUGCCACUGGUGUGUCCACAACUGCAGGACCAUCAACAACAAAACCAACAACAGCUACACAAACCACUGGUGUGUCCACAACUGCAGGACCAUCAACAGGAACGGCACAAUCAACAACACAACCAAUAAAAGAGGAAACAACACAAGUAUCAACAGCUACUCAUGCCACUGGUGUGUCCACAACUGCAGGACCAUCAACAACAAAACCAACAACAGCUACACAAACCACUGGUGUGUCCACAACUGCAGGACCAUCAACAGGAACAGCACAUUCAACAACACAACCAAUAAAAGAGGAAACAACACAAGUAUCAACAGCUACUCAUGCCACUGGUGUGUCCACAACUGCAGGACCAUCAACAACACAACCUACAACAGCUACACAAACAACUGGUGUGUCCACAACUACAGGACCAUCAACAGGAACAGCACAUUCAACAACACAACCAAUAAAAGAGGAAACAACACAAGUAUCAACAGCUACUCAUGCCACUGGUGUGUCCACAACUGCAGGACCAUCAACAACACAACCUACAACAGCUACACAAACCACUGGUGUGUCCACAACUGCAGGACCAUCAACAGGAACAGCACAAUCAACAACACAACCAAUAAAAGAGGAAACAACACAAGUAUCAACAGCUACUCAUGCCACUGGGGUGUCCACAACUAAAGGACCAUCAACAACACAACCAACAACAGCUACACAAACAACUGGUGUGUCCACAACUGCAGGACCAUCAACAGGAACAACAAAACCAAUAAAAGAGGAAACAACACAAGUAUCAACAGCUACUCAUGCCACUGGUGUGUCCACAACUGCAGGACUAUCAACAACACAACCUACAACAGCUACACAAACCACUGCUGUGUCCACAACUGCAGGACCAUCAACAGGAACGGCACAAUCAACAACACAACCAAUAAAAGAGGAAACAACACAAGUAUCAACAGCUACUCAUGCCACUGGGGUGUCCACAACUAAAGGACCAUCAACAACACAACCAACAACAGCUACUCAUACCACUGGUGUGUCCACAACUGCAGGACCAUCAACAGGAACGGCACAAUCAACAACACAACCAAUAAAAGAGGAAACAACACAAGUAUCAACAGCUACUCAUGCCACUGGGGUGUCCACAACUAAAGGACCAUCAACAACACAACCAACAACAGCUACACAAACCACUGGUGUGUCCACAACUGCAGGACCAUCAACAGGAACAGCACAAUCAACAACACAACCAAUAAAAGAGGAAACAACACAAGUAUCAACAGCUACUCAUGCCACUGGUGUGUCCACAACUAAAGGACCAUCAACAACACAACCAACAACAGCUACACAAACCACUGGUGUGUCCACAACUGCAGGAGCAUCAACAGGAACGGCACAAUCAACAACAAAACCAAUAAAAGAGGAAACAACACAAGUAUCAACAGCUACUCAUGCCACUGGUGUGUCCACAACUAAAGGACCAUCAACAACACAACCAACAACAGCUACACAAACCACUGGUGUGUCCACAACUGCAGGAGCAUCAACAGGAACGGCACAAUCAACAACAAAACCAAUAAAAGAGGAAACAACACAAGUAUCAACAGCUACUCAUGCCACUGAGGUGUCCACAACUAAAGGACCAUCAACAACACAACCAACAACAGCUACACAAACCACUGGUGUGUCCACAACUGCAGGACCAUCAACAGGAACGGCACAAUCAACAACACAACCAAUAAAAGAGGAAACAACACAAGUAUCAACAGCUACUCAUGCCACUGAGGUGUCCACAACUAAAGGACCAUCAACAACACAACCAACAACAGCUACACAAACCACUGGUGUGUCCACAACUGCAGGACCAUCAACAGGAACGGCACAAUCAACAACACAACCAAUAAAAGAGGAAACAACACAAGUAUCAACAGCUACUCAUGCCACUGGUGUGUCCACAACUAAAGGACCAUCAACAACACAACCAACAACAGCUACACAAACCACUGGUGUGUCCACAACUGCAGGACCAUCAACAGGAACAGCACAAUCAACAACACAACCAAUAAAAGAGGAAACAACACAAGUAUCAACAGCUACUCAUGCCACUGGGGUGUCCACAACUGCAGGACCAUCAACAACACAACCAACAACAGCUACACAAACCACUGGUGUGUCCACAACUGCAGGACCAUCAACAGGAACAGCACAAUCAACAACACAACCAAUAAAAGAGGAAACAACACAAGUAUCAACAGCUACUCAUGCCACUGGGGUGUCCACAACUAAAGGACCAUCAACAACACAACCAACAACAGCUACACAAACCACUGGUGUGUCCACAACUGCAGGAGCAUCAACAGGAACGGCACAAUCAACAACAAAACCAAUAAAAGAGGAAACAACACAAGUAUCAACAGCUACUCAUGCCACUGGGUGUCCACAACUAAAGGACCAUCAACAACACAACCAACAACAGCUACACAAACCACUGGUGUGUCCACAACUGCAGGACCAUCAACAGGAACGGCACAAUCAACAACACAACCAAUAAAAGAGGAAACAACACAAGUAUCAACAGCUACUCAUGCCACUGAGGUGUCCACAACUAAAGGACCAUCAACAACACAACCAACAACAGCUACACAAACCACUGGUGUGUCCACAACUGCAGGACCAUCAACAGGAAC